GCGGUUGCGCGGUGCUUGUUGGUGCUGCCGCCGCUGGAGGAGCUGGUGCGGGGAGGCCCCAGGCCCCGGUGCCUGCCCGCCGCUCGCUGCCGCCGCCGGUCCCGCCGAGGGCGGGGAGAUGCAGCCCCCGGGCCCUCAGCAGCCGCCGCUCUACGCGCCCAGCAACGGGGACUUCACGUUUGUCUCGUCGGCAGACGCCGAAGAUCUUAGUGGCUCCAUAGCAACUCCAGAUGUUAAGCUGAAUCUUGGAGGAGAAUUCAUCAAAGAAUCUACUGCAACUACAUUCCUAAGACAGAGAGGUUAUGGCUGGCUUCUAGAAGUAGAAGAUGAUGACCCAGAAGAUAACAAGCCACUCCUGGAAGAACUCGACAUUGAUCUGAAAGAUAUUUACUACAAAAUUCGAUGUGUGUUGAUGCCUAUGCCAUCUCUUGGUUUUAAUAGGCAGGUAGUGAGAGACAACCCGGAUUUUUGGGGUCCUCUGGCAGUUGUCCUCUUCUUCUCAAUGAUUUCAUUAUAUGGACAAUUUAAGGUUGUUUCCUGGAUUAUAACUAUUUGGAUAUUUGGAUCCUUGACAAUUUUUUUACUGGCCAGGGUUCUUGGAGGAGAAGUUGCUUAUGGCCAAGUUCUUGGUGUGAUAGGAUAUUCCCUACUUCCCCUCAUUGUCAUAGCACCUGUACUUUUGGUGGUUGGAUCGUUUGAAGUUGUUUCUACCCUCAUAAAAUUGUUUGGAGUCUUUUGGGCUGCAUACAGUGCUGCAUCAUUACUAGUUGGAGAAGAAUUCAAGACCAAGAAACCCCUUCUAAUUUAUCCAAUCUUUUUAUUAUACAUUUAUUUUCUGUCCUUGUACACUGGGGUGUGAUCUAGUGCAAGGUGUGGCCAGAAACCAUAUUUUAUUCACUUGCAGACUGAUAAUGCGUAAGAUUAAAGGGGCUGGAGAAUAAUACAAGUGACUGUUUUGUAUCCAGUUGUCAAGAUGUUUUAAGAUUGAAGAGCAUAUUUGUGUAUAUUAUUUAAUGAAACAAUUGUAGCUAUAUAGAUUUGUAUCAAAGUUCUAGGUUUGUUUAAGACUCUUUAGAUUUUAAUGAACAAAAUAAAAGAACCUUGUGUUUUAUAAGAAAGCGUAGCAAAAACACAACUCAAUACCUGUGCCAAAAGCACUAGGACCAGAUUACUAUAUUGGAGGAGAAAAGUGAGAACUGUAACAAUCUCCAAGUGCAAUUUUUCUUUUAAGCUUCAACACAGCUGGCUUUUUUGGCACAGCAAAUUAUGUAGAAUAUAUAUAUUUAUGAAACAGUCCUGAUUGUUCACAGAGUAAUCUGUAUAAUGAAGACAUGAAGAUACUACUUCUAAUUUCAUGCCUCAGUUACUUUGAUUUGGCUAUUGAGUUUUUAUAAAUUCCAAUUUGUUUUCAAAACAUGUAUAUACUGUGUAUUUUGUAUCUAUGGCUUGUGUGUAGCAUAAAUACUCCUUGGUUAAGGGUGUAUAUUGGGUUUUUAAAAAUUGAAAAUAAAAGAAUUUGAAAUCUUCAUUUACUAUCUCUGACCAAAGGAGCAAGAUAUUUACUGUGUGACAUAAUUAAUUAAAAUGCAUAUUUAGAGAGUCAAAAUUAUUUUACUUGAAGGUAUAAAUUUACAGAGAAACGGGUGAACACCUUUUUCAGCUGUAGUGGUGGCUUAAUGUUGGAGAAAAAAAGAUGAUCUAUCAAAUUUUUGUGAUCUUUAAACUAUGUUAUUUUAUGAUGACAAAAUAAAAAUAAUGCUUCCCUAA